GCUGUUCUUAACAGAAGAAGCGGACACAACUGAAGAAAACAGCAUAAAAACUGGAAUUAAUGAACACAACAACGGGAUAUAUAUAUUUGAAUGAUGUGACCACUGAUGGAAAUGCCACUGUGAGUGAAGAUGUCAAUAGUAGCAAAGCGAUGUGGAGUGAAGUUCAUUCCUCCUUCAAUCAUCCUCAUAUAUGAGAAUAAGAACACGGACAAGAUGCGCAAGAGGAUCAUACCUGUGAGGAACUUCUCUCAGUACUCGGACUGUAGCCGGGCAGCAGAGCGACUGAAGCAUCAUGUUCGUCACAGUGUUUACCUGGAAUCUGUCCCAUUGGCUCAACUGGAAAGACUCCAUCUUAUCCUCCGUGAUCAAUUGAAGGGCCUGAGUUUGGAGGAGAGUCUAGCAGCCCAGCGGGGGCCCGACCCCAAUGAUGAGGACCUCAAUAAACUGAGCGAUGAAGAGUUAAACCGCAGGAAAGCCCAGAUGGAGCAGCUUUUCGAACAGAACCGUCGACACAAAGACGAUCCGGACUUUGUGUACGAUCUAGAGGUUGAGUUUCCUGAGAAUAGUGCACGAGAGACGUGUAGCUGGGAUGAAGACAAGUCCGAUGAUGAGUUUUAGAAGAUCAAGGACACUGGAACUCAUUUAAUUAUUGGAUAACUGUUGCAUUAUGGGAGUUACGUUACAGCCUGUGAUGGUGAACAUACCUCUAUACAUUGCCGUAUGGUAACAUUGAUUUUCCUAUGGUACAGAUUGUUCUUGGGCCACUUUCUUCAUUGUGAAAGUGUUUAAUACACUAUAGUACAUAUUAUUUUCAAACAAUAUGAAUAUCUUUAAAAUAUCGAUAAAAUAUAUACUGUAUAUACUUUUUGCAUUGCUUCAAUUACUAAAAAAAGACAAAAAAACAAUGGGGUGAACUUACAUAAUGUUGCCAUUUGGCGCACAACAAAAAACGGUCAAAAACUAGCUUGCCUGGGUAGCUCAGCGAGUAUUGGCGCUUGCUAUCACCCCUGGAGUCACGAGUUUGAAUCCAGGGCGUGCUGAGUGACUCCAGUCAGGUCUCCUAAGCAACCAAUUGGGCCGGUUGCUAGGGAGGGUAGAGUCACAUGGGGUAACCUCCUCGUGGUCGCUAUAAUGCGGUUCUCGCUCUCGUUGGGGCGCGUGGUGAGUUGUGCGUGGAUGCCGCGCAGAAUAGCGUGAAGCUAAUGUCUCUGCGGUAAUGUGCUCAACAAGCCACGUGAUGAGUGGAUUAACGGUCUCAGACGUGGAGCACAUUGGGAAUUGGGCAUUCCAAAUUGGGGAGAAAAAAUAAAUACUAUUAAAAUUUAGUUUUACUGUUUACGAUUACGGCAGCAGAGGGGCCUCACAGGACCGUGAUCUAGCCCUAUGACCAUAGACAGUAGCGCAAUUCACAAUUUAAAACAUUAUAAUAACACUUGACACAUCCUUUAAAUCGCAAAGGAAUUUUUUAUCAC